AGUUUGUGCUGCAAACAUUUGAAGAUUGAAUGAAGAAGGGUGGAGGCUUCAAGUCGCUGUAGCAUUACACACAGCACAUGUGAUGUGAGGACUCAAAAAAAGAAGAAAAAAAUUCUGGGAAAUCUUGUUGCCUCACACACAAGGCUGCGUCAUUUCCUUCGAAUGACAAAUGUGGUUUCAAGUCUUAAAAACCUUAUGCCGGGGUGCGAUCACAACUAGUUUCAGCCUCUGUGCAUGGAGAAAUGAAUGGCCAUGAUAAGAACAUGCUUUGGCAGGUCCACAGAUCCCAGUCAACAUCCAUGGUCUUAUUUUUGGGUGUCAUCCUGUUCAUCUUCGUUGACUUGGUGAACACAACAGUUCCAUGCUCUACGAUGAACUGCAAUAAGAAUCUUCACAAAGGAGUGAAGCUCGCCAAGCUCAUGAACAGGACCUCUGCAGAACUUGUAAAGACAUAUCAAGCCAAUCAGGGGGACUUUGCCGAGCAGUUCUGUAAAACCUCAAUGGACAAUGUCCCAACCUCCACGCUUUCUGGCCAGACUCCACCUGAACGUGUGCUUAGCAUUUAUACUCAUCUAAAAGAGUUUCUGCCACACCUGAUGAAAGUGCAGGAGCAGCAAAACGACCUGCAGCCUCCCUCCAGCCCUCUGCUCCGCCAGCUGACUGAGAUCAAGGACCACGUCAGCCACCUUUCCCACAAAGUGAACUGCAUUUUCCAAACUCUGCAGCCCAACAUCCCCGUGCCGGAGCCACCGGUGUGGCCCACUAGAAUUCCCCCAGCUCAAAACGUCUUUCAGCAGAAGGUCUAUGGCUGCGUGGUCCUGACGAGGCUCAGCGAGUUCCUCUCCAAAACAGCUGAUGAACUGAGGUUACUUAAGAACAGAAUGUGUAAAAAAAAACGGACUCAGAAGAUGUCGAACUACUGAGCAGUGGCUGGAAAUAUGUCUUCAGGGUUUGUCUGUUUUAUUUAUUAAUUAUUUAUUUUUGCACAUACCUUCUGUAAAUAUAGAAACUGAGGAACAGUUUAUGAAACAUAAGGUAAUAUUUAUUGCAUUAACUUAUUCUAAUGUGUUAUAAUAUAAUUUGUGUUAUAAAUUAUGUACUGUACAAAUCCCUCUAAAUCUUAUUUCUGGAUCAUAAACUUUUAGAAAAAAAAGCCAGGAUACAGGUACAUUUUGUUCACUAGAUUGCAAACAGUGCAAUUAUUUACAGUCCCAUGUAUCUUUACAUUGAUGACUUUACAGGAAAAUGUUCUUAACUUUGAAUAGAUUUCAAUGUAAAAAUGAGAGUAUAUUUCAAGAAUUGUAGAGAAUUUCUAUUGUCAAUUCAUUCAGAGAAAUUAAAACUGAGAAAACUUUAUACAAACAAAAAUGGAGAUGUAUAUGUUAAACAUAUUUUCAUUGGACAACAGCAAAGUAUCCCUUUAGGUCAAGAUGUGUCCCUUAAAAUGAGAGAAAACAACUCCAAAUGAAUUUGAAUACACAUGUGUCCCUUAACUAAAGGUACUAAAUACACAUUGGUUGAGGGUACAAUCAUGUGACAAGAGACGUACCACCCCAGUGAUAACAUUUCAUACUUUUUUUAUUUAUUUUAUUUUUUAUUGUGUCAUUCCUAGAAAUUAUGUAUCUACGCUGCUUAUCUACGCAUUUCAGUGGGGCUGAGUGGUUGGGAUUUCUGUGUCUUGAAUUUUUUUUAGAGAACUCUUAUCUUCAUCGUGAUUUACCCAUCUUAUUUUUAUUUUCAUAAAACAAGACUUAGACUAACCGUGCCAGGCUAGACGGAUGGCUGUGACCCAUAAUUGCACUUUGUUAUCAAUUGCGCUUUCAGUCACAUAUGUUGUCAGAAUGACGUAGAUGUUCAAUUACACAAGAUUUCACAGACACUGUGAUGAAAGGUGUUAGCCAUAUUGGCUAUUGUGGUUUUUGCUUGUUGUUGCUUGACCUUAAUAAUAAAGUGGAGGAGCGGGCAGACUGUGGGAUGAGACAGAAUCUUGUGUUGAGACAAGUUUAGAAGACAGGAAGUGAAAGAGACUGUGAUAUCAGCCCAUUAUGACGCAUUCAGCUUAACACAUCAAAUAGGAAAGAAAAAAUACUGACUAGCCGUCGCCCCUGUCACACGGUGGGUGUGUGAGUGUCUGUAUGUCUGUUUAUUUUUGUAUAUGAGUACUUAAAGUGCUUCAUCUCUAUUCUUGUGAUUUUUGAUAGUGUCAAAAUAGAAUUUCAGAUCAUCACUCUA